UAAACACACACAUAAAGUUAUUCUCAACUUGCAACCUUAAACUGAGAAAACUUUAUUUAGUGUACAAAGUUGAUACUAGUAAAAUUAUGUCAGUUUCGGCAACAUCAUCACUAGUUGCUCCUCCAACCACUAAUAAUAUCUCUAGACGUUCGGCAAAGUAUCAUCCCGACAUAUGGGGGGAUCAUUUUAUUCAAUACAUAUUCCAACCUAUGGAAUCGGAUGAAACAAUGAAGCAGAUUAUAAUGCUAAAAGAGAAGGUGAGGCAGAUACUAGUCCCUACAGACGCUUUGAGGGAUGCUAAUUUGAUCGAUUCAAUCCAACGUUUGGGGUUAUACCAUCAUUUUGAGCAUGAGAUUGGAGAAUUAUUGCAACAUAUUCACAAUAACAAUGUUCAAAAUGGAAUAAUAACUCUUAAUCGUAAUGAAGAUCUUCAUUCUAAUGCACUUAUCUUCAGAUUACUAAGGCAACAAGGAUAUCACAUUUUGCCCGAUGUUUUUCAGAAGUUCAAGAAUGAGCAAGGAAACUUCAAUGAAACACUUGUUGAUGAUGUUGAGGGAAUGUUAAGUUUAUAUGAAGCGACACAUAUGAGGAUUCAUGGAGAAGAUAUAUUAGAUGAAGCAUUUUCUUUCACUUCCUCACACCUUGAAGCGAUGACCACUCAAUUGAGUCCUUCUCUUGCAACAAAAAUUAAGCAUAGCUUAAAGUGGCCAGUUUUUAAAAGCGUGCCUAGACUAGUGGCAAGGAAUUAUAUUGCUACUUAUGAAGAAAACCCCUCACAUGAUGCAACUUUGCUAUUACUUGCCAAACUAGAUUUCAAUCUGCUACAAAAACAACAUCAGAAAGAACUUGGAGAUGUUACAAAAUGGUGGAAAGAUUUCGACUUUGAAACAAAACUACCAUUUGCGCGAAGUAGAAUAGUUGAAUCAUACUUUUGGAUAUUGGGAGUAUAUUUUGAGUCUCAAUACUCUAAUGCUAGAAGGAUAAUGACAAAAGUGUAUUGCUUCACGUCACUAAUGGAUGAUAUUUAUGAUAACUAUGGUACAAUAGAAGAAUUACAACUUUUCACUGAUGCAAUUCAAAGAUGGGAUAUGAGUUGCAUGGAUUUUCUACCAGAAUACAUGAAAUUUUGCUAUAAAGCCAUUUUGGAUUUUUUUGAAGAAACGGAGCAAGAGAUGGCCAAAGAAGGAAGAGCUUUUUGUGUAAAUUAUGUCAAAAAUGAAUUUAAAAGAGCGGUUCAGGCCUACUAUACUGAGGCCAAAUGGUUCAGUAGCAAUUAUAUUGCAACAAUGGAAGAAUAUAUGGCUCAUGCAAUAGUAAAUUCUGGUUACUAUCUAAUGACAUCAGCAUCCUUCAUUGGAAUGGGAUGCAUUGCUACAGAAGAGGUUUUCAAAUGGUUAACCAAUAAUCCAAAAAUAGUUAAUGCUUCAACAAUAAUUGCCAGACUCGGGAAUGAUAUUGUUUCCAAUGAGUUUGAGCAGGAGAGAGGGCAUGGUGCCUCUUCUAUUGAGUGUUAUAUGAAUGAACAUGGUGUAAGUAGAGAAGAUGCAAUUAAUGAACUUUCAAGAAAAGUUACAAAUGCUUGGAAGGAUAUCAAUGAGGAACUUCUUCAUUCAACUGAUGUGCCAAAGCCUAUCCUUAUGCGAGUUCUCAAUUUGUCACGUGUUGCUGAUUUGUUUUACAAAGAUGAAGAUUGCUACACUCACUCCCAAGGAUCAUUAAAGAAAGACAUAAUUUCUAUCUUGUUGAAUCCAUGUCCAAUAUGAGAAAGAGACUUUGCUUCUUCACUUGUCCUAUCUUAAGGGCAAAUCUUAUUGCUUUUAACAAAUAAAAGAUAUGUAUUUAUUCUAGUGUUAAAUAAAAUAAAAAGUUUAUUUGCAA